GGAAGCCAUUUAUCACAACUUCCUGUUGACUAGCUUCUAGCAGCGUGUGUAUAUUUUGUAUCUUAGGAAGUCUUUUUCUUAUGUUUAACAAGUAAAUCAUAGAAUCGCUCUUUGGGGAAAUGGACAUUCUGAAGGCGGAAAUUGCACGAAAGCGGAAGUUGAUGGAAGAGAAGGAGCUCGUGAAUAACACAAAGAAAUACUUCAAGCGGGCUGAUCUAGCCAAGAAGGAGGAGGAAGAAUACUACAAAAGGUGUGGAUACAAUGUUGCUCAUGAACAGCCUGUGACACAGUUGGAGAACAAGCAGCAGCAAGAGGAGACGGCUCCAUCUACAUCCUCCAACCCUGUGUUAGAACUGGAACUCAUUGAGGAGAAGUUACCCAUGACCCUCUCUCGACAGGAGGUGAUCCGCCGUCUGAGGGAGCGUGGAGAGCCAGUGCGUCUGUUCGGAGAGACCGAUUAUGAAGCCUUCCAGAGGCUUCGCAAGAUUGAGAUCCUCGCACCAGAAGUGAACAAGGGGUUGAGGAAUGAUCUGAAGGCUGCAAUGGACAAAAUAGAUCAGCAGUAUUUGAAUGAAAUUGUAGGAGGACAGGAGGCUGGGGAUCCAGACACACAGGAUGAUCUUAAAGUGCAUGAGGAAAACACUACCAUCGAGGAGCUGGAGGCUCUGGGUGAAUUGCUGGGUACCAGAAAUGAUAACAAAGAUAUGGACAUUAUAGAGAAAGUGAUGCGGUUCUUGCUGGGUGUUUGGGCUAAAGACCUGAAUAGCCGAGAGGACCAUAUUAAACGGAGCGUCCAGGGAAAACUGGCCAGCGCAACACAUAAACAGACCGAGUCUUAUCUAAAGCCUCUGUUCAGGAAACUGAACAAGAAGAUUUUAUCUCCAGACAUUAAGGAAUCCAUCACAGACAUCAUCAAGUUUAUGCUACAAAGGGAAUAUGUGAAGGCAAAUGAUGCUUACCUGCAGAUGGCGAUAGGGAACGCCCCAUGGCCCAUCGGGGUGACCAUGGUAGGAAUCCACGCACGUACCGGUCGAGAGAAAAUCUUCUCCAAACACGUCGCUCACGUUCUCAACGAUGAAACCCAAAGAAAAUACAUCCAGGGUCUGAAGAGGUUAAUGACCAUCUGCCAGAAGCAUUUCCCCACAGAUCCUUCAAAAUGUGUUGAAUACAAUGCUCUGUAACUGGACAAACACACACACACACACAAAAUGCUUGUUGUGUUGCUAUUUCUGUUGUAAAUAUAUUGAACAUAUUGUUAAAACAGCAGUCUGAAUUUACUAUAUCGCACCGAUCACGCAUAACUUCAUAACCUUGGUUAGCCUCGGCCACCCAUGACCCUGUCACCUCUUCACCACUGUUCCUUCCUUGGACCAUUAGUGAUUCUGACCCCUGCAGACCGAGAACAUCCCACAAGAGCUGCAGUUUUGGAGAUGCUCUGACCCAGUCGUCUAGACAUCACAAUCUGUUCCUUGACAAACUCAAUCAAAUCCUUACGCUCACCCAUUUUUACUGCUUCUAACACGUCAAAUUUGAGGACAAAACAUUCACUUGCUGCCUUAAUAAUCUUCCACCCAGUAACAGGUGCCAUGCUGAAGAGAUAAUCAGUGUUUUAUUCACUUCACCUGUCAUCAUUUUAUUGUCAUAAUGUUAUGCCUGAUCUGUGUGUGUGAUACGUUCUAGAAGUUUAUACCCAGUUUUUCGCCCUCAUGCCUGUAAAUAACCCUUUAAAUGGAGUUUUAUAUUUGUCAUAUUGUGACAGAAACAUAUAUACAUCUGUAUUCAGGAUCUGAGCCUUCA